GAGGUGGGUGGGAGUAAGGCGUUUCCAUUUCUGCAGCUGUGUAGUUUGGGUUUGGGGACGCUAGGUGGCGGUAAUGCAACUCCGCACACGGAGUUUACAGGUCAAAGGUGAAAGUUGAACGAAUUCAGUAGCGCUCGCCUUACGUUAGCCGACAAUGGCUAAACAUCAUCCAGAUUUGAUCUUUUGCAGAAAACAAGCUGGUGUUGCUAUCGGGAGACUUUGCGAGAAAUGUGAUGGCAAGUGUGUCAUCUGUGAUUCCUACGUGAGACCAUGCACACUUGUACGCAUCUGUGAUGAGUGUAACUAUGGUUCCUAUCAGGGGCGCUGUGUCAUCUGUGGAGGACCUGGAGUGUCUGAUGCCUACUACUGUAAAGAGUGCACGAUCCAGGAAAAAGAUCGAGAUGGAUGUCCAAAGAUUGUAAACUUGGGCAGCUCUAAAACUGAUCUGUUUUAUGAAAGGAAGAAGUAUGGCUUCAAGAAGAGGUGAAGAUGCUAUGCAACAGUCUGUUGUAGUUUUUCAGCAUUUGCAGAUUUUCUUUAAAACCUCAAGAAACUUUUGACUUGACAAUAAAACUUUUAUAUUUCUGUGUGUGUGACUGCUAAUGUAAAGAUUUUGAAACCCUCUCCAUGCUCCCAUUGUUGGGUUAUUAGUCUCUGAACUAGAUGCGGGCUAAUCAAGUGUCUCCAUAAACAUAUUGCCCCCCCCAAGAUAAAAACAAGAUUCAGUUGAAGCAAGUGUUUCCAAAUGAUCUCAACAUUAAGUCCAGUUAAUACAUGUUCUGGAUCUUUCUGUUAUAAAUAUGACCUUUAUUGGCAGCUGUUGCCACGAAAAUGUUUAUUAAAUUUCCAUGGUUUUGUAGAACUGUAGGUGAGCACUGCUACAAACCGAAGAAACAACCCUGCACAGACUUUCUAAGGCUUUAUUUAGACAUAUUGUAUAUACAAGACAAGUUAGCCCACUAAAAUACCACUAUGUUUCUUUACAAAGAUGGAAACGGGAAGAUUAGGAAAAAUCCUCACCGUUAACAGACGGGCCUGUUCCAGAUAGAAAGCUGAUGUAAUCUCUAUUCUAACAGUAAGCAUUAAAAAAAUAUUGGUCUAGAAGCUCAAUAUAAUUAUACUAAAAAGAUAUUAUGGUGAGUGAGAUGUUUUGACUUGCAUUAAUGAGACGGGGGUAAAAUUAUUUUCACAAACGUUGGUGUGGAUAAUGGACAAUCUUAAUGUAGUUAGUUGAAAAAUUACACUCUGCUCAUUUUAACAAAUGCAGAAAACAUGCAAGAGCAGGCAAAGCUGUAUUUACUGCAUGUUAUGUUAAAAAAGGAAUGAUUAGAUUUCAUUUGUAAAUAUUUUCUCCCUGAAUAACAUUUUCUUUCCCAGAAAAAUAGACAAUAUAAAAUUUAUCUUAAAUAAAAGUCAGUCUGACUAUGAAUGGAAGCACAGCAGCAAAGAACAGCUUUCCCUUUGUCAAAAUAAGAGAAUUAAAAUUAGCCAGGGUUAUGUUACAACUCGAAUUCUCAGAUGUAACAUUAGACUGCACAAUGCAUUGAAACUGCAUUAGACACAGAAGACACUUAAGUGAUGUAUGGGGCUCCUAACCUGUGAAACAGAAGCCCCAAUACAGCCUGCAUUUGAGACUUCCUGGUUUGUCACAAACAUAAAAAUUCAUCUCACAGGUGUCAGAGAGAAGUGCUAAAGACGGUUUAGACACAAAUGAAUCAUAACAGCUGAUAUAUUUUGACCUCUUGGAGAACAUUUAACAGAUGCUGCAGUCCAUGUGCUCUGACUACCUUGUUUUGUUAAUUUAUCUCAAGCUAUUUAAUUGUAGACCUGCUGUUAAGUACGAGCUGGGUGGAUUUAAUUAGGCCGUUGCUCUAGACAACACAGUGUGUUUUCACACAGCCCUAACUAACUGCCUUUAAUAAAGCACUCAAGAGACAUAGCCAGCAGGGAGGCAAAUGUCAGCUGAUCAACAAGAGGUUCAAGCUUUUAGUUUGGAAAUUUCACUGCUCAUAACUGAACAAAGCCCAUUUAAAACUUGCUGGGUGCUGUAUUGGAGUUCUUAUGUCCUGGGAUACUGAACAGAUAUGUAAAACUGAUGGGGG